CACGUAUCUUCUCGCUAGACGUUUUCUGUCAUCAUAUUUCUACUAAAUUCCUAAUUUAGCGAUCCGCGAAAUGGAUGCUUUCAGCGUUUUAGCUAAUCAACCUUUAGUCAUAGAUAAUGGAUCUGGCAUUAUCAAAGCUGGAUUUGCUGGUGAUCAGAUGCCAAAAUGUCAUUUUCCUAACUAUGUUGGCCGACCAAAGCACGUUCGUGUAAUGGCAGGGGCGUUAGAAGGAGAUCUGUUCAUAGGCCCCAAGGCUGAGGAGCAUAGGGGCCUGUUGUCUAUCAGAUACCCAAUGGAACAUGGGAUAAUCACAGAAUGGAAUGAUAUGGAAAAGAUCUGGGAGUACCUCUACUCCAAAGAACAGCUGUACACAUUCUCUGAGGAGCAUCCAGUCCUAUUGACCGAAGCCCCAAUGAAUCCGAGAAGAAAUCGAGAGAGGGCAGCUGAAAUAUUCUUUGAAACAUUCAAUGCACCGGCCCUCUAUAUAUCUCUACAAGCUGUUCUCAGUCUGUAUGCCACAGGCCGUACUACAGGUGUUGUCCUCGAUUCAGGGGACGGCGUGACCCACGCAGUACCGAUCUACGAGGGUUACGCCCUGCCACACAGCAUUCUCAGGUCAGAUAUUGCCGGUAAGGACGUGUCAAAGUACCUCAGGCUGCUACUUAGGAAAGAAGGAUUCGAUUUUCACACUACUGCCGAGUUUGAAAUUGUGAAAGGAUUGAAAGAGAGAAUAUGUUACCUGGCAACAAGUCCCUUGAAGGAGGAAUCAGCCGAUACGGAAAAAGUUCAGUACCAACUGCCCGAUGGUCAAGUCAUAGAGGUCGGUUCUUCGAGAUAUCGCGCCCCCGAGCUACUCUUCCGUCCUGAUCUAGUGGGCGAGGAAUACCCAGGCAUUCAUGAGGUACUGACCUCAGCGAUACAGAGGUCAGAUGUUGACCUUAGGAAGAUGCUCUAUUCCAAUGUAGUCUUAUCUGGUGGCUCCACCCUCUUCAAAGGAUUCGGCGACAGACUUCUCAAUGAGAUGAGGUUACUGGCUCCAAAGAGUACUAAAAUUAGAAUCUCAGCGCCGCAAGAGCGUUUAUUCUCAACUUGGAUUGGAGGUUCCAUCUUAGCUUCUUUAGACACUUUCAAAAAGAUCUGGGUCUCGAAGAAAGAGUACGAAAAUGAUGGCGCCAAAGUGAUCCACAGGAAGACAUUCUGAUUUUAUUAUUAUUUUUAUUAUUUAUUGUUUUUUUCAUCAUUAUAAUUAUUAUUAUUUGGCCGUUAAAAAUCUUUUUUUAAUGCCAUUUCAAAUUCGUAUUUCUAGCAAUGUAAAUUCGUAUUAUUAUUGUUUAUAAGUUUUUAUUAUUCUUAUUGUUAUUAUUAAUUUUUUUGUUGUUAUUAAUGUUAUUGUCAGUCAUCAUCUCAAUGUCAUCACACUUACAAGCUUAUUAUUGUUUAUUAUUAUUACUAAUUAUUAUUGUUAAUGUCGAAGCAUUUGAUGUUGCCGUCAGAGUGUUAACUUGUUAAAUUUCCCAUUCAUUUAUAUGGUUAUUAACAACUGAAUAAUGGCUAUUAUUAACGAUAAUAAUUUCAUUCGUUCGUUCAUUCAUUCAUCCAUAAUUCAUUAUUAUGUCCAUCCAUUCAUGCAUCCGUGUGCAUUCUAUGCACGGUUUAUUCAUUUUUCUGUUUAUUUCUAGUUUUGUUUAUCACUUUAUUUUUCAAUCUAUGCGUCAUUCAUUCACUCAUUCAUUCAUUCAUUCAUUCAUCUAUCCUCAUUUUAUCUCAUUACUCAUUUCAACUUGGUUAUGGGAUUUUAUUGGAUCAUAAUAAUAAUAACAUUAAUAAUAAUGUAAUAAACCAAAUUAUAACUUAUUGUGAAUUAUAAAUUAUAAUGCUUUGAAAUACAUGCAUGCAUGCACUAGUUGUUGAAGAUAUAAGCAUUGACUUUUUAUAUUAUUAACCAGAUUUUAUUGAUAAAUGCUUUUUCAUUUAAUACGGAGUCAAGACUUUAUUGAUAAAUUGUUAAUAAUCAGUAAUAUUACUAAUCAUUCAAUAAUUUGUGGAAUAAUUACUGAUUAGUAAUUACAUGUAGCUACAUAGAUAUGUAUUCACUCAACGCUCAGUAUAGUACCCUUCUGUUUCGUUGAUUUAACUUCAGGCAAGAGUUUUCCUGAUAACGAUCAUAACUUUCAUUUAAUUUUAUUAUUAUAAAAUAAUAAAUUGUAUAAUAAUAAUUUGUUAUUAUUUUCAUCAUGUUUCAUUUUCUCAAUAUGGAUUUUGGUUGUGGAUACUACUUAUUUGUCUUGUUCAUUUCAUGUUUGCUUUCUUUGAUGAUAUAUCGCAAAAACGUUAUAUAUACACAUACAUACAUACAUGCAUACAUAUAUAUUUAAAUAGUUAAUUAAAUCAAUUAAUAUUAAUUAAAUAAAUGAAUGAAAAAGUUAAAAGAAUCUUCAUCCUUAUUAACUGGCAGAAAUGAAUUUGGUUAAAACAAUCAUGUAUGUUUUAUAUUAAAUAAAAAAAAAAUUAAACGAGAAAAAUGAAAGUGUACAAAAAAUUUCACUUACUAAACAAAUAAAAAAGUUUUGUCUGUCUGUCUGUCUAUGUCUAUCUGUCUUUUUAAAUUUUAUUUAUUUGAAAAUGUUCAUUAUUAUCGAAAACUUGAAAUUAAAACGUUGAAAGGUAAUGAGGUGAAAUGAGAAAAAUUUCGCAAUGUGUGAUACCGAGAGUUGGAUUUUAAGUUAAAUGGUUACAUUUUCGACAGUAGGUUUACUCGCGACAAAAUUAUUGUAAAAAAUUCCGGCGGCAGAACGAAAUUCGACCACUCCGUGCUAGUCGCGGCUCCACAUGCCACCACAGAUGCACUUGGAGAUGAACAUAGAGUCCCAGGUGAUAGUGGCCGGCGACUGAUUAUUAACAUUAGGUAUGCUUUCUUCUACGUCAGACAAGUUAGUAAUAACGUUGUUAUUGUUGUUGCUAGUAUUGUUAGUGUUGCUCUUGUUGUUGACGUUGCUGUUAGUUUUGUUUUUAAAUUUGCGGUAGGCACUGUAGUCCAGGUUGAGGCAAUCGCAUCUGGUACAUCUUCUUUUGGCACUUGUGUCACCGAUUACCAUGUGUCUGAGGCCGUCUCUCGGUCGUUUCCACGUCAAUUUUGGAAUUUUGAUUUGGUUCUCUAGUUUCGAGUUUUUCCCAUCGAGUUUGUUGAAAGCCAGUGAUUCUGGACGAUUUUUAGGUUGUGGGUACAUGAAGUUGAACGUCAGUGGGAAGUUGUCAGAGAAGAGAGAUGAAUAAUAGGAGUCCUGAUUCGGAGAGUUUGAGUAGGGACCAAAAAGGAUAUCCACAUCGAACUUUCCAAACGGUGGAACCAUGUAGUUGGCAUUGAGAACGUAACUCUGCAGAACUUCAUCGGCCACCUGAUCAUCAACAUCCUUCUUAUCCCUGGAAAUCACGUACAAUUUGGAGAUGAUCUUGAAGAGGUAGGUGAAUUUCUCCGAAUUAGUUGGAGUCCAAGAGUUGGCAGUAUUAUUCGGAUGGCUAGGGAUGACUAAAUUGUA